GAUUAUUGCUUACCGCUGCUGCAGAGAAACAUUCAAAUCAUGACUCUUGUUGCUUUAUAGGAUCGUUGAACUGGUUCUUCCUGAUAGUUUAGAGCUAACUUAGUAAUUGGAAAUUACAUCCAAUAUGUGAAUAAUCGCAUUCAAUCGAUAAAAAGCCACAAGACAACUCUGGUGACUGAAUAGUCUGCAGAGAAACUAUAUUGUCGGACGAACGUCUGGGAAAUGAUUCCAUGUUGGGAACUUUCUUUGUCUAACAACAAGGUAAUUAAUUGAUACGUUAUCGGCAAUCUCCACUCUCAGGGAGGAAGAAAAAGUCGCUGCAGAUUUCUAGCGAUCGGAAGAAAAAGAACAAAAAUCGGAGAUUAGCCUUCGUUGAUGCGGUGUUCACCAGCCUACUUGAAAAAUAAGUUAUAAUCUCGUUCUAUUGAUUUGCGUGUGUUCAAUUUUUGAAGCCGCAGCGACGUUUCUGUAUAUGAUGCAUCUUGUGUUAUAAACAACUUCGUGUGGUACAUAGUUCACACUCAAAGCCAAUCAGGGAUCUGCUGUCUAAAUACAAUGUUGUUCUGUUUAGACUUCUGACAGAAUUACCGGAACAGGCGGAUCGCUUCAGCUUUAAGGAGUACGCAGUGUGUUCCAGUUAACGUGGAUGCCGAGAAAAGAAAAACAGAAAUAUUUUUAAAGAAGACACAUGACGAGUGAUGAUUGGAUGGCUUUGUUUAUGCAGCGUGGUUGUUGUCCUACAAGUUGACGUCACACAUUCUGAACCUAUUGGUGGAUGGGGACAGUGGGGUCACUGGAGUAGCUGCUCUGUGACCUGUGGAUUUGGGUCAAUCAGGCGUAACAAACAGUGGGAGUACCCGGAUGGUAGAGCUGCUAACUAUACUCUGACCAAAAUUGUGGAGUGUUUCAUCAACAGAACGUGCCCAAUUCAUGGUGGGUGGGGAAUGUGGACAGGUUGGACCAAGUGCCCAGUGAUGUGUGGUGGCGCCAACGUUACUAGAACGAGGCUUUGCAAUUCCCCUAAACCCACCAAUGGUGGAAGAUCCUGUAACGGGUCGGCAACCGAUUCCUUUGUUUGUAACAAUGCCACUUGUCCUGAAAUCCCACCAGAUUUCGACGUGAAAAGCUGUUUCAAUGACUCCAUGUUCGUGUGUGAGAGUGGGAAACACUGCGUUCCUAAUUCGUUGAAAUGUGACUUUGAGUUAGAUUGUCAUGACGGUACAGACGAGAGAGACUGCAUCAUUUCAUUAGGGAUGGGAAUAAAUUCUUCUAUACAGAAAUCAAAGUUUUUGGCUGUGAUAUUUACAAUGCUAAUUCUAUGGGAGAAAUUGUUUCUAACUUAAUCAGUUGAUGUAUUCGGUCUGUGUGUCAUCCUACUCCAUGGAUCCUUGUGUUUUAUACUGACAUGAACCACACAAAGGGACCAUGCAUUGUAACCUAUACCUACUGGAACUGCUGGCAGUGUGGAAAAAUCCUAACCACGUGAUAUGUCAUUUUACCGACCAUUUUAGAAGAUUUAGCAAUGUAACAAGUAUGAACUAAUGGCCAUUUUGUAUAGGUUGUCAUGUAUAAUUGUUUGUAAAACGUGCAUGUUAAAAUGUUAUUUGUUGAUAUACACCGUUUUCUCUGAAUAAAUAUGACGUUUAAA